GACGGAGGCGAAGAGACUCAGGGAAGGACUAGGCUCGGAGGCGGGUGUUCGCUGGUGGCUGGCAGGCAGCCUUAUGUCAUGUGACCGGAAGGAUUCCUGACGGACGCCGUCCCUCCUCGGCGCCGCCUGAGCGCCCGGCCUGACCCCGGCCAUGGGGUGCUGCUACAGCAGCGAGAACGAGGACUCGGACCAGGACCGAGAGGAACGGAAGCUGCUGCUGGACCCUAGCAGCCCUCCCACCAAAGCUCUCAAUGGAACUGAGCCCAACUACCACAGCCUGCCUUCUGCACGCACAGAUGAGCAGGCUCUGCUCUCCUCCAUCCUCGCCAAGACAGCCAGCAACAUCAUUGAUGUGUCUGCUGCAGACUCCCAGGGCAUGGAGCAGCAUGAGUACAUGGACCGAGCAAGGCAGUACAGCAACCGCUUGGCUGUGCUCAGCAGCAGCCUGACCCAUUGGAAGAAGCUGCCACCGCUGCCAUCUCUUACCAGUCAGCCCCACCAAGUGCUGGCCAGUGAGCCCAUCCCCUUCUCCGACUUGCAGCAGGUGUCCAGGAUAGCUGCUUAUGCCUACAGUGCACUUUCUCAGAUCCGUGUGGAUGCAAAAGAGGAGCUGGUUGUACAGUUUGGGAUCCCAUGAAGAGAGGGGCUCCUUGGACAGCUAUUUCUUCUCUCUUCACCUCGUCUCCACCUCACCUCCCCUGGCCCCUAGCCUCACUGCAGCACAUACAGUACCCUAACCUGCUACUAAUCCUGGAGAACAAUGUGGAGGAGGAGAGUGAGGCUGGAGGCCUGAACAAGUGAGGAUGGAGCAAGGGAGGGUAGUACUGUUUGAAACUGGCCUUUGAAGCCCCAGCCAGGGGUGGUGUGAGGCCAAAAGAAUGGUAGGUCUUCACAGUCACUGAGAAGGUGGAGGUACCACUCUGGGGGUGAUCAUCAGGGGCCCUCGGCAGGCCCUUUCCCACCCCUUCUCUGGGCCUCAGAUUCACUCCUGUCCUCCUUUCCCCUGACUUGGUGCUUACAUGCACCUCACUAGGGUUUGUGACUAGGGUUUGGACGAGCUUGAAUUGGAAUGAAUUCCUGUUUCUAGCACCCUGGGUUUUUACAUGUUGGUCUUUUGUUUUCGUUUGUCACCCUCGAUAAAGGAAGUGUAUUCAUC